GCCCCUCGGGCGGCGCGCUCCCCGGCCGGCAGCGGCGGCGGUGCGGUUCCCGCCUCGGCAGCGGCUCUUCUCAGCGCUGCCCGCCACACGCAACAGGUCAGCGCCGGGGGAGCCCCUUCCUCCCGCUCCGUGCGUGUGUGCGCGCCACUGCGCCGGGAAACAAAGGGGCCGAGCGCGGCGCGGCCCCCGGGGUGAGCGUAGCUUCUGCGCGGCGCGGGCUUUCGCGUUCAGCCAUUUGCAGCGCCCGGCAGCGCCCCUCCGCCUCUCCCUCCCUCCCUCCCUCCUCCCACCGCGCUCCCCCCGCCGCCGCCGCCUCAGGCUCCGGCGUUCCGCGGAGCUGCUCUGCAACGCCGGACCCGCGGGUGGGCAGGCAGCGGGCAUCGCGCCCGAGCCGGGGCUGCCCGCGGGUGGGCGGGCGAGAGGCGGGCUGCCUUGCCGGAGCCGCGCUGCCCGAAGGAGGAAUGCAUAUGAGGAGCAGUGAUAUGAAGAAACCUUCUUGAAGUUCAUGUAGAAGAAACCUUGGCUUGUAGGAUAUCUUCCAGAACAGGUUGCAACCACUGUCUUCCCCUGAAGUAGCUGUACAAGGUGAACUCCUAACUAUAUGACUUGAAAGGACAUGUUUCCAGGUUGCUCAGCAUGGUGUGGGGGCCAGUUGCCAUGAAAGGAUGCUGCACAUGAAAACUUUUUAAAAUUUUCAUAUAAUAACAGAAAAAGCAGAACUGCUUUGCAGGCUAUUGAGGUGUGACAUCCAUAAAGGGAAGACAUUCGGGUUUUCAUGGGCACUGUCUGACUGAGGAGAAGCCGUUGCUGGCCAGACCACAGAAGCUCAAGUCUCUCUGAUGUCCCCCAGCAGGUGAUGGGCAUUCCAGUUCGACCAAGGCCUGUCCAGAGCAGCGCUGUGCAGCGCCAGAGCAGCUAGCGUGGCUGUUGCAGAGUGUGGCUCCAUGGAGGGCAGCGGCACAGUGGAGGAGGAGGAGAGUGGGGCCGGGUCUGGAGCCCCACCGCUCACCCUGUCCUCCCCCUGCAGCUUCAGCUCCUCCCUGUGCUUCAGCUCUGCCACCUCCGAGCAGGGGGCCCCGUCGCCAUCUUCUACUGGCAGCCAUGUGGUGGAGAGCCAGUGGGAGCUCAACAGCGUGGCCUCUGAGUCAGAGGAGGAGGAGGCGAGUGCGCGGGAGCCAUCAGCUGGUGCACAGCCUACAGGGCGGCCAGCUGAGGAGCCCGACCUCGUGAUUGAGGUGUCAGGGCAGCGCAUCCGGGCACACAAGUCGGUGCUGGCGGCCAAGAGUGACUACUUCCGUGCCCGGGCCUCGCGAGACAUCCUGCGGGUGAAGGGGGUGAGCUAUGGGGCUCUGAGGCUCCUCAUUGACUAUGUCUACACGGCCCGCAUGGGUGAGGUGCGGCAUGACAACCUGGCCGAGGUGGUGAGCGGUGCCCGUGUUCUCCAGAUGCCCUGCGCCUUGCACUGUGCUGCCGAGGCCAUGCGUGCCCAGCUGCGCCUUGACAACUGCUACCAGCUCCUCUGCCUGGCCAAGAAGCAACGACUGGCAGAGCUGCGGGAGGCCGCCUACCGCUUCAUGAGUGACCACUACCUGGAGGUCCUGCGUGAGCCAGGUGUCUAUGGCCGUCUCAGUGGGGCUGAGAGGGACCUUAUUCUGCAGCGGCGCCUGGAGGCUGGCCGGCGCUGCCUAUUGGUGGCUGAGGUCAGUGAUGCUUUUGAGCGGCCUGGUGGCGGCAGCCGACCACAGAGCCGUGAGAGCAGCCGCCCGCAGAGCCCCUCUUCUGUGAUGUCUUUGGAGGAGAGUGGCUCCCUCAUCCAUUGCUACCAUGAGGCCAGCCAUGAGUGGAGGGUGCUGACGCGUCUGCCUGAGGAGGCCAAUGCCAAGGGCUGCGCCAUGUGUGUCCUCCACAACUACCUCUUCUUGGCAGGGGGCAUUGCUGCAGGGCCAGCAGGCAGUGAGCCAAGGGCCCGCCUCUCUGACAAAGUCUUCUGCUACAACCCCCUCACUGACACCUGGAGCCAGGUACGCCCACUGGCUCAGCCUCGCUCACAGCUCAAGCUGCUGGCUCUGGACGGCUACCUCUAUGCUGUGGGGGGCGAGUGCCUCUUCACCGUGGAGAAAUAUGACCCACGGGCUGAUCGCUGGAGCCCCGUUGCGCCCCUGCCCAAGGGAGCCUUUGCCGUUGCUCAUGAGGCCACCACUUGCAAUGGGGAGAUCUAUGUCUCGGGGGGAUCCCUCUUCUACCGACUGCUCAAGUAUGACCCCAAGCGUGAUGAGUGGCAGGAGUGUCCUUACAACAGCAGCCGUCGGCGCUCCGCCGACAUGGUGGCCUUCAAGAACUUCAUCUAUCGCUUUGAUGUGAGCAGCGGCCGUGGUGGAGAGCAGGGCCCAGGUGGUGGGACUGGUGGUGGUGUUGAAGUGUUCCGGUACAACACAGUGGCCAAACGCUGGAGCCAGUGUGCCAGCUUGCGGCCCAGCAGUGGCCCCAUCCAGCCCUUCCGCUGUGCUGCCUUGGGUAACACCAUCUACUGUGUCAACCGGACCGGCACUCUCCGCUUCAACUUAGCCCAGGAUGGCGAGGUGGAAGCGGAUGGUGGGCUCAAGGGUACCUUUGAUGGUGAGCUUCUCAAAGCUCCAUUUGAUGCUAAGGGCCUCCUCCUACCCUUUGUGCUUACCCUUCCAGAGAAGCUGGAGAAAGCAGGGGACCAAGAGAGUUCCCUCUCACUGUGAGUGGCCAGACUUGCUCUGGCCUGCCAGUCAGGGGGCUGGGUUGCAGCUUUUGGGGAACACGCAAAUUCACUCCCACAGGAGGGACCCUCUCCAUCAUGUCUGCAGAGAGAAGGGGCUUCCUCCCCUCCCAAGGUUUUGGUCUGGAAGUGCUUGGUUGUCACUUGGGUGUAACUCCUACUGUGUUUGCUGUGCUUUGUGUGAAAAGCCGAGUAAACCAGAGGAGGAGCUGCUAUAAAAGGAUCAUCUCUGCAUUAUGUUUGUGUCAGUUCCUGAUACUUUUUUGCACCUGGAGUUCUAAAAAUUCCUGACAACAGUGUCAUAAUGAAAUGUUCUGGUUAGUAUUGGUUGUGUGUGUGCAUGUAGUUGUGAUCUGGGCUGGAGCCUCUUCUGCCACCUGUUUUUUUUUCUCUCCUGGAUGAUUCCAGGGGAUAAGCACUGCUAGCAACAUCACUUAACUGUAUUCGUUCUUAUGUCAAAUCAGCUAUUUCCUCUGCUAGAAAAGUGUAGGAAGAUCAUCUCAAUCACAGCGUUUCGGUGCAAUAGAUUGUUUGAGGAAGACAUGGCACUGUGUGGUCCCAGGAAUUUCAACCGCGAUGAUGUAACAGAUACCAGACUUAAAGCUUUAAGCAACACAAAUGGGUGCCGCAUGUUCAUAUUUGGAAUAUACAAAAAAAAAAAAAAAAAGCAAGUCACUUGUUUAAAAUGCGGCAUGUUAUGGCAGAUAUGAAAUGUUGAUAGGUUCUUUAUUUGAUAAAGGCAAUGGUUUCUGUAUAAAAAGACACUGUUUUAUUACUUUUUUUUAUCAGAGAUUUUAAAUUAUAACAAAAAUGGACUGAAGCUGUUUGGACUGUGGCAGAUUUACAUGACCAUGUAGACCACUAGAGCUGUGGGAAAUAUUUUGUACUUCAACUACUCUUUAAUUAACUGCAGGUCGAGGAAAAUUAAUCUAAACCAAAUGUAAAUUCUUUGAAACUGUCUGCAGACAGCUUAAAUGUUUCAUUGUAUGUUCAUUACCCCAUGGCAAGAGGCUUUUCCAACUUAAUGCAAGACCAUCAAAGGAGGACAUGGAAAACAGGAGUGUGCUACACAUGUUGAUUUUAUUCUGCACUAGCGUGAUGUUAUUUCCCUAUCUUUGGAUUGAGAGACUGCUUUAUUUAUUUUGAUUGAUUGCUGUAAUCAAUUAACCCUUGUCAACUGCAGUACAUGCUGACGGCCUAUGCUGUCAUUGGGAUUCCGAACCACUCGGGUGCUGUUUGUGGAGCAGCGUCCUAAUGAGACACAACCCCAGAGAAAUUCUUCUUGCCUGUGCAAAGUUGGAGCAUACUUUUUUUGUUGCGUUACUCGGAACUGGAAAAGCAUGAACUGUCUACACAGACAAACUAUACUGAAAAGGGCACUUGCAUUUAUUUUAAAAACUUUAUAUAUAUAUAAAAAGUCAAUAGACAGACAAGGCAAAUGUUUUAGCUUUACUGUAAACCACUGAAACCUUUUCUGAAAAAUAGAACCAGUGUUUUUACUAUUAGUGAUUCAGCCUGGAAUUGGCAUGGACUAUGGAAGGGAAUUGUUUAUAUUCAAAGUUCUAGUAUAGAUUCAUAUUUUAGAAAUAAAUAGGGACCUUACAUCAAAGAGCAGCAGAUCUUUUUAUGUUUUAUUAAGAUGUUUCCAUUAGCAGAACAUUAGCAUUCUUAUGUUAUGGCUAGUUCCAAAGGGAGGCAGCAGGCUCUGUCCUAAGAGACGCCGUCUUCACAGAAGACGGUAGUGAAGUUUAUAGAUAUUUCUUUCCUUCCCAGUUGUUUUUUUUCUUCCUGUUUUUUUUCCUCCUUCGCUAUCUGUCCUGCAUUUUAAUACAGGUAAUCUGAUUUGCCAUCUUUAGAAAACAGUGGUUUGGUUUUGACAGUUCUUAGCCAAGCGAGCCCAUUCCCAGUGAGCUCAUUAAAGCAACUCCCAGGUGGGAGCUGCACUCUGAUGCUUAUCUUAGCCUCGCUGCAGGAUGGUGCAGUGGAAUUUAGUGUCACAGAUAGUGUAUUUGUUAGCGAUUCACAGAGAAACUGUUUUUUUUUGUUUUCUUUUGUUUUGUUUUCCUGAAUGAUGGUCUUAAUUAUUUGAUGAGAAUGCUUGGAAAUAUUGACUCAAUUAAAUUACAGUAUUGUAGCUUGAGCAGGAAAGAAAAUGAUGUAUUUGCCUUCAGCGUCAUUUUUUAUUUUAACUGUAGAAGGUAUUUCAAGCUGUGUAGUGAAAUACUUAGGUGGAUAUUUAAACUGAAGAUGUAAGUACUAGGCCAGGUUUUGAGUUACCAGUCACCACAAGCACCCAAGUGGCAGUUUUAUCUUACAGUACAAUGCGGUUUCGUAGUUCAAAAUAUUUAGUAGUACAGUUUUUAUGUUACAGCAUAGUAGGGAACCAAGCCAGCUUUGUCACUCCUAUUAAUUGGUCAUUAAUUAAGCAUUCUCAUUCCUGUUAAUGCAUGAAAAUGCUGCUAAACGAGUUUUGAGAGGUCUCCCUGACUUGAGAUGCAAAAACAUGUCACAGAAUUUGAGGAAGGAAUGAAACACAUCCUUUCUUCCAGAACUUGUUGCUAUAUACCAUGAAGAAAUAGAUUUGGAAAUAAUCUUUACAGCGCUAUAUGUUUGCCAAACGUGCGGUGGUUUGUGUUUUUGCUAGCUUACAUCAUUAGCAGAGGUUGUUUCAAGUGCCUUCCCACUCCGCUGUCACACAGUGAGAGCAGAGUCUGGUCUCCAUUAGCAGCUGUCCAUCACGCCUGUUUCCUUCCUACACUCUGCAUAAUCACAGCCCGAUGACUGACUGCAGUGCUGUGUUUCAGCCCACAUUUCCUACUCUGUGGCCUCUCUUUCCUCCCUGCUAAGCCUGAGGCAGAUUUGCUGGGAGCUGUUUUUUUUUCUGCUGCUUGUGUCUUUAGUGUAUUGAAAAAAUUAAUGCUUGGGUACUAAAAGCAGAAUUUGAGUAGACUUCAGAAGUGGAAGACCAGAUGAUGUGAUACCCAGGAGCCACUGUUGUAAUAUGUUUGUAUGGUUGAAACCAAAGUGCCAUGCUACCCUCACACUGUGUUUGUCUAUGUUUGGCUUUUAAAGCAGUUAUUUAUAUAAUUGCCUGAAGGCUUCUGCAUUUGCAUGGAACAUGGAGACGGUGUUUGCUUUCUUAGCCUGCAAUGAUUUAACCCAAAUCCCUGGAGGACCGGAGGACUUGGAGCUAAUCUCUGCUCUCUAAAUAUUUGCAUUACAAUGUAAUACAAUGUUUUGUAUUAUGCACUAGUUGGCUAAAAAUCUCAGAAAUUAUCCAGAUAGAUCAUAGAAGAAUAUUGGUACCACAUCCUAUAGCUUCUUUGAGGGAUGAAUGCCAUGCAAGACUCUCAAAAGUACAUGCAGGCUCCAGCUCCGGGAUGGGUAAUUCAGGAUAUGUUUCAUACAAGUUGGUACAAUGGGAGAAGUUUUCUGUUGAAAGCUUUUUCAGACAGGCUCUGAAUUUUGGUUCUACAGGCUGAGGUGAAGGGCUCCAUGCACUGUACCAGGGGACUGCAGAGGUACUUUAGAUCCCACUCAGGGGCAACGCCUUGGUUAAGAGGCAUGCAUAGCAUGGAAAUGCUGGGAGCCUUCAUUGUGUCUAAAUGAAAUCCCUGCAUGAAUAAAGACACGGGCCACCUCAACAAAUGCUAAUAACAGACAGAAAUUUACUAUUUCCAUUAACUGGUUCUGUAAAAAGAAUUUAAUUACAGCAAAGCCAUUGGUACAAAUUCUGUUUACUCUUGGAAAAUAAGUCAAAGGAAUAAUUGGCAAAAGAGUAAUCCUAUUUGGUGAAAAUAGGCACUGUUAAGCAACAUGAGGAGGAUGCGAAUCGUACCCUACUAAUGAAUAAAAUUAUGCAGCAGCUGAUGUAAAUUCUGUCCACUAAAACAAAUUCUUUGUAAACAAGUACAUGGUAAAAUUUAAAGAAUGAAUUAUUCACAUGAAAGCUGUAACUCCCCUAUGCUGUUUGAUUGGCUCUCAGACUACUGUAUCCUGAUGUUCACUAUUCAUGAGUGGCCUAUUGCUUUUCUUGCUUUAUGGUAUCCGUUCCAUUGACUGCUUUAUAGAUGGGUCGCCCUUCAUUACCACAAAGCUUAACAUUGGCACUGGGGUGAUUUGCUUUGUGUCUGAAUUGACGUGUAGUGCUUUCUCCUUGAAUGAAUCCAAAGGAUUUAGAAUUAUCUUUCUUUGGGCUUUUUUUUAGUGGUGUUGCUCUUGGGAAACUUAAGAGAGCACAGGAAGGGAAAUGGUAAUACAGUGGAGGAGCUGUGGUAACAAGCAUUUAAUGAUUUUCUGUCUGCCAUUAUUCUACACAUCGGAUGCACCUUGGACUGAAAAAGUACGUCUCUGUGUAGCUAUUAACAGUGUGAUCCCAAGCGCUGCUGUAGCAAAGUAUGUUUUCAUUUAAGUAUAUUUACUGGCUCAACUCCUACUCUGAAAUCAUUUAAUGAAGGUUAGUAGUAAUUUGAUAAUAAAGUGGAUUACUGGAACUAUUCUGAAUUGACAUUACAGCUACUAAAAGCAGAGAUUGACACCCAAAUUCAGUAAAACCGUGCACUCAGAAUAUGUAUAACGCACUUUUCAUUUGUUUUGGCUUAAUGAAUGCUGUUGUAAGAGCUGCUGGAAUGAGCCCAUCCAAAUUAGGAGGCAGCAGGCUAUUUUAGAGGCUCUCUAAGCUUCAUCAAUUACUCAGUGAGAGGAAAUGGGAGAGUGAGGGAGAGGAGAGAGAAGGAGAACUGGGAAAGAAAAAUACCUACCACGUAUUCAGUAGAAACAAGUAGCAGAGAAGGGAAACCAGAGUUAGUGUUGAGACUGUGAUGACUACGUGACCAAUUUUUUUUUCAAGUAUUUUUUAAGUAGCUUGAGUUUUUUAUCUAUUAUGUUGUCGGUCUUGUCGUUCUGCACCUGCAAUUCAUCUCAAACAACAACAGUGUUCAGUAAUCUGCUUUUUGCAGGAGCUUUGUGCUUUGCUUUUAAGUUUUGGUGGAUAAACCUUGGACAAAUCUGUGAAACCAUAAAGUAACCAUGUUGAUGCUGCCACUUAAAAUAGGUUGUCAUGCAAAUGCUUUAGACACUGUUCACAAUUCAGGUGAAUUACAUGUGUAACUGAUGUAUUAACAGUUCAUUUUCGAAGUGUAUAUAGGUAAGGUCACUGUAAAGCUUUUUAUGUACUCCAACUUAUGCUGUAAUGAAAUAAAUACGUACGAAAAGCUUAUGCUCCCCUUA